AUGAGAUCUAUCGUAUUAGCAUGUGCCCUUCUUCUUUUUGGAAAAAACGGUAGCCGUAACAAUGAAAUGUUUACACAAUACGAUGUUGUCAUCAAGAACAAUGGAAACCGUAACAUCAAGCAAAUCGUCCUUGGCUUUGACUCUACUUGCAGAAUCAGAGACGGAAAUGCCAUCUGGAACAUGAUUGUUACUGACGACGGACACUCACUCGUCUUACCAGCCAUCCAAGACAUCAAUGCUGGUGCCUCUUACACCUUUGGUUACAUUCUCUACGGAAACGCUCCAGCCAACUUCUCAAUUAAUCAAAUUUAA